AUGCAGCUACUAUCAUUUGUCACAGCUGUUGCCUGCGUCAAGCGACAGCGACUAGCGGCUGUUGCAGCGACGAGUUUAAUAAAUCGAUACAACGAUAAAUACCCCGCGACGAUAACGAUGAUGAUGAUGGUGAUGACACGACCUAAUACGCUGAGGAGUGCAAUCUGUACUGAUGCCAGCCGUCGUACGGUACAUUCAUCAUGUCGCUGCAUGUCGUCUAUCUUGUUUGCGAGUAUAACACAGCAUUUUCUUUGA